AUGUGUGAAGGCAAAAGCAGCAAAGCAAAGACAACAAAGCAAAAGCAACAAAGCAAAAAUAGCAAAGCAAAAGCAACAAAGCAAAAGCAGCAAAGUGAAAUAGCAAAGCAAAAACAGCAAAAGCAAAAGCAACAAAA